AUGACCCAAUCGAACAACAACUUCCAUAAUAACCCCCCACCCCACGAGCCUUACGAAAAAACUGAACAGUACAACACCGCCGAAGAAACCAGCCCAUAUUACCACCAACCAGCUCCCCUAGAUGCCUCCAACGAAUCCCCACUUAAACAGGAUAAUGAGAUCGGAAUGCUCGUCGAAUCAAUCUUUAAUGGACUGUUGGAAGAGAUGAUCUGGAAGAUAUCCGUGCUUGAAUUCAAGCGAGCCAGGAACUUCCGUAUCUUUUCUGCAGAGCAAGAGCUCUACGCAAACGAGAGGAAAAAUUGCAAUGACAAGAAUAAUCCUGAGCCGGUUCACGAUUGUCCGGUUUGUGGUCGCGAAGUAUCAGCCGCCCGCUUCGCGCCACACCUUUCGAAAUGUUUGGGCAUAGGUGGACGCGGCCAAGCAGCCAAGAAAGGUGUACGAUCGGAGUUGAGUGAGUCCGAGUCUGUUGCCAAAGGAAGCAGUCAUACUCCAUCAGACUUCCCUGGACGCAACAGAACAGGCGGAAACAUGAAGCGACGCGGCCGACCGCCCAAGAAACUACCGGUCGUGCCAUUAAGCGCAGCCGAAAAUGAUGCUUUACUUUCCAAUGCUAUCAACAAUGCCACUCAGCGUCUUCAUCUUCAAGGGAUAGGCAUGUCCAAACCCUCCCCGCCUGUUCCGCAUCCGCUCUCGCAAAGUCAUGUGGCCACUCCAUCACUUCCGAAGUUCAAGAAGAAAAAGGAUAAGCAGGAUCGGACGCGAAACCGAUCAAGAAACUCGUCCCAAGCAUCCUCGUCUUCAGACAGUGAAGAGGAGGGUGUGGGGGAUGGCGAGGAAGAGGGCGAGGAACAGGAAGGCGAGGAAGGGGAGGAUGACCAUCAAAGUUUCACACCGGCUGGACGGAUCGACGAUGAGAAUGAAGCCAGUGGACAACGAAGAGGGAUCAGUGAAAACCCCAGCAUCUCGCCUGCUUCAGUAGCCCCUGUCACACCAGCUGUUCCUACUACAGUCCUGCCGCGCCCAGUACUCAAACGAAGGUCUAGCUCUCAAGCGGAUUCGACCGAUGGAAGUGAUAGUGAUUAG